AUGACUGGAUAUUCUCCAAUAUCGAGGUCCUGCAACAGCAAGGUCUCGGUAUACGACACCUUACUAGACCGCAUCGAUGAAAUCAAAACCAAGCACCCAUCCGACAGUCUUCCCAGCGACGUUCUUCGAUCUAUAUUUCGCGAGAUACAAAUCUCGCAGUGGCAGAACGCUGGCAAAGCAAAGCACAAAGAUGAAGUGCUGGAUUUUUCACAAGGUCCGUGGGUGCUCAGCCAUGUAUGCGGUGCUUGGAGGGAUAUCGUUAUAUCUUAUCACCAACUCUGGUCGCAUAUUAUACUUCACUUUCCGUAUCAUUCAAUAGGCUCGCUCGGCGAGCGUCGGUUCCCGCCUCGUCACGGUUAUACGAUCGACGCACUAAAAGUCGUGAUCCAUCAUUCGGAACGGUAUCCUCUCGAAAUAGAGUUUAAUGUCGAUCCUGGAGGCGAUGAAGAUAUGGCCGUUGAAGCACUUUCCGUAAUUGCCGAGGAGUCAUAUCGGUGGAGGACCUUGAAGCUCCAUACAUUCUUGAGAUUGUUGGAGCGGUUGAAGGUGGUUCGCGGUAGGAUUCCUUGUCUGGAAUCCUUUACUUUGAACGCUUCAGAUAUAACACAAAGCGGAAGAGAGGACCUGUUGGAAAAUACUCAACGUAUCUUCGCUGAAGCCCCUCGCCUUCAAAAGGUGACUUUACGUGGCCCCUCCGGUGUCGGGGAUCUCAUGCUUCCUCUUCAUAUCACUCAUCUGGCGACAUAUGCAAACAAUGCCUGUAACCUUGGAGUUUAUUGGUCUCUCGUAGAAUGCCAUCUCAUGACACGUCCCAGAGACGAUCAGGAUAUACGAUCCCUUCCUCUUAACAUUCACCUUCCCAAUGUCCGGUGCCUUUUUGUGUCAUCGCUGCGAAUACUGGCACAUCUGUGCCUACCUUCCUUGAAUAAUCUCACAGUCUAUCAUACCAACACACACAUUGAUGCAAACACCCGCGAUGUCCAGAUCGUGAACGAUUUCAUCCGACGCUCUCGAUGUUCCCUUUCCAAGUUAGUCUUCCGUUCAUCAAACAUUGACGAUCAGAUCUUUAUCCGAGAGUCACUCUUAUUCAUGGACACUUUGGUGUUCUUAGAAAUAAUGUUCCUUUGGAUCGGGGCUACCUUCGAUGCCCUUACUCCUGUUGGAUUCCUCCCAAAUUUGCAGCAUCUACGGCUAUUCUGUUACGAUAUACCUUCAUCCCAAGAUACCCUCAUCGCAAUGAUCUCUUCGCAUAGCCAAAAUCUUCGUUCGGUCAAAAUUUACUGUUGCGAUCCUGAGGAUGCGGAUAACAUCAGUCGACAUAUAGCACCACUACAGAAACCUGGACAACACUUUAUUAUUACACACGGACCACGCGACGAAACUUCUGGAUUGCAGUUCGGAAAGUUCACUCAUUCCGAUUUAGAUGCUCCGGUUGACCAGUGA